GAGAGAGAGGGAGGGAGAGAGAGAAUGAGAGAGAGAACAGCAACAGACAAGGUACAGUCUAGGUUAGUUUAGCUCCAAAGAUGUCGGCACCUGAUUCUCUUCCAGAAGGAUUUACUGAGUUCGAAAUGAUGAGUUUUGGCACCAUGAUGCUGACGGAAGCUUUGUUUGGAUUCUCUCUGAAUGUGCUGACCAUCAUUGCUUUCUGGAAGAUCAAAGAGAUUCAAACCCCUGGCAACUUUCUGAUACUCAACCUGGCCUUGUCUGAUUGUGGCAUUUGCAUCAACGCUUUCAUCGCUGCCUUCUCCAGCUUCUUAAGAUAUUGGCCCUACGGCUCUGACGGCUGCCAAAUUCAUGGCUUUCAAGGAUUUUUAACGGCCCUAACAAGCAUUAAUUGUGCAGUUGCAAUUGCGUGGGACCGAUAUCAUCAAUAUUGCUCCA